UUGUGCCUUCGUCUGCACACCAUGGAGGACCAACUGCGCAUCUUGAUGGAGCACCAAAACCAAAGUUUCUUGGAAUUGGCAAAAACACUGCAAGCGUCUGUGCGAGAACCGGCACAAAAUGGCGUCGUCACAUUGCCAAAGUUUAACGCCGACAUUCCAGGCGCCGACGCUACUCAAUGGUGCUCUACGGUUGAUAUUAUUGUGGCUGAAAAACCUCUGGAAGGCAGUGCAUUAAUAUUGGCCUUAACAAAAUCGCUGGAAGGAAGUGCGUCCCAAUGGCUGUCAGAAGUGUGCUAUGCUGGUGUGACAUGGUUGGAAUUUAAGCAGUUAUUCCAACAACGCUAUGCAAAUGCAGAGACGCCAGCCGCCAUGUUUUUACAGUUACUGAACAGUCGCCCAGGCAACAGUGAAUGCCUUGCCAUAUAUGCUAGUCGUAUGGUGACGUCACUCGUUUGCAAAUGGAAGGGCUUGGAUACCGAGAAGAGAGCUGAGCUGUGCGUGGUGGAUGAACCAAAGACAAGUAUGCUGCUACGAGGUGAGAACUUUCCAAUUAUCUUUGACUCUGGAGCAGAGUGCUCUUUGAUUAAAGAGAGUUUUGCUAAAAACAUAAGCGGUAAAAUAAUAAAUAACGUAGUAAGCCUGAAAGGUAUUGGAAAUGCAAAUGUUUGCAGUACAAUUCAAAUCGAUAACAAUAUUCUCAUUAAUGGAAACAGUUUAAAUGUAAUAUUUCAUGUAGUACCAGAUGAUUGUAUGUCAAAUAAUAUCGUACUAGGACGAGAAGUAUUAGCUCAGGGAUAUGCUGCUGUAGUGUCUUGUAAAGGAGUAGAAAUAAUUAAGAAUGAAACAAAAACUGUUAAUUCGUGCUCUAAGUUCAUAGAAAACUCAUUCGAAAUAAUAGAAAACAAUGUAUGCGGUGAAAACAAAAAUGAAAUAACAACAUUGUUGAAAUCCUACUCAGAUUCUUUUAUACAGGGGACGCCUCAGACUCGCGUAAAUUCGGGAGAAAUGAAAAUUCGAUUGAUUGAUGAGACAAAAACGGUACAGAGAAGAUCAUAUAGAUUGAGCCCCAGUUAGAGAGAUGUGG